AUGACUGACUCCGGCCGCAAGGAUCUCUCCGACAAGCUCCAGGACAAGGCCACGCCUCAGAGUUCCAAGUCCACCACGGACAAGAUUGGCGACACUGUCACUGGCCUUGGUGACAAGGCCCAGCGCGACAUCGUCCCAGACAGCCAGAAGUCCACCGGCCAGUCCCUCCAGGACAAGACCUCCCGCGAGAAGGACGCCCACAAGGACGAGUCCUUCCUCGACAAGGCCAAGCACACCGUCGGCCUAGACAAGAAAUAG